AUGAGUUCUCCAUUAGAAGGUGAUAUUAAAUUAGUAAAGGAAUUGAUGUAAUUAAGGACUAAGAUGCUUUCCGUAGUUGCUUAUAGAUGCUGGGCAAUCUAUUAAAGGAGAACUUGGAUCUCUUGGAUACCUUUGCUGAAAUGUUUAGGAAAAUGUAGUCAAUAAAUGAAUUUUUUGAUCUUUAUGAGGCAUUACAUUAUGAACUGAAAAUAAGAUGUGAAGAAACCUUAAGUAUUAUUGGUUAAUUGAAUAAUCCUUCAAUUCUAUAAAAAAGCAAUGAAAUACCAAAUAUUAUUACAAAUGAUCAUAAACCAUCAAUCCAAGAGUAUAAUAUAAUUGAUACUCAAAUAUAUGAUUUGGUACUUGAUAUAAACAUGAGUUCAUCAUGGAAGGUAGUUGUUAUUCCACUAUUUCAAGUUAUUGUUGAAUAACAAUGAACUUAAAGGAGCUAGAGUUGCAGUUCUUGGUUUAUAUGAUAAAGGUAAAACCCAUAUACUAAAUCAAUUAACAAACCAAAAUCUACCCACUGGUUCUAAAAUUACAACCAAAGGAAUUAGUUUCAAAUAAUGUAUAGUUGAUAAGAACAAUUCAUUCGUGUUAAUAGAUACUGCAGGUAGUUAUGCACCAGAAAAUCUUAAAAAUCUUAAAGAGAAAUAAUAAAUAGAAAACGCAAUACUUGAAAUUUCAUUUGAAUUAACAGAUUAUUUUAUUUGUGUUGUUAAUGAUUUUACAAGCAUAGAAGUCAGAUAUUUAGAUUAAUUAGCACGUAAAUUGAGCACUUCUCUCAAAUAGUUUAAGGAAAUAAUUGUGAUACACAAUCUUAAGGAUAUAACAAAUCCAAAUCUUAUUCAACAUGUUUGGUAAGUCUAAAUUGAAAAAAUAUUAGAAGGGAAUAUAUAGAAAUCAACUGUAGAAGCCAUGAAUCCUUUUACAAAUCAAUUAGAAGAGAAAUCAGUUUUAUGGUUUAACACAGAGACAAGUAGACACAUUUGUAUUGUUAAUGAUAAUUCUGAUUUGGGCAAGAGUAUUAAUCCAUGGACUUAUAGUCUUUUAAAAUAUUGGCUUAAACUUGUAGUUGUACCUCAUCAAAAGAAAAUAUUAAAAUAUGAUGAUAUUGUAGAAGUUUGUGAAUUGAAAAUGAGUACACUCUUAAAAAAAUAAAUCAAACUCACAAUUCAAGAUACACAUUUACCAAAUGAAAAAAGAAUCGUAAAAUAAUAAGCAACAUCACCUAAAUUCACUUAAAUUAUAUCAUCAGCAAAACUCAUCUCUACACCUAUAGAUAUAGGAAAUGAUGAUGGCGAAGAAUAUGAACCAUAGAUAGAUAUUAUUCAGGGAAAUUAAUAUAUAAUACUUAUCGAUUUACCGGGUGUUUCUUUGGAAGAUGUUGAAAUUUAUAGAUAGAAUGUUUCAACUAUUGUUCGAGGACAUAAAAAAAUCUCUAUGUAUACUAAUAAAGCAACAUAUAUUAAAUAAGAAAGGAAAUCUGGUCCUUUUGAUCUGAGAUUUAAAAUUCCAGAUGAAUAUGACCCUAAAUGGAGAUGCUAUGCUAUGAAUAAUGGGGUUUUAGGAAUUGUUUAUAAUCUUGACUCCGAAGACUCAAUUUUACCAAAAAGGAAUUAAUUUUGA